AUGACACAACGCAACUCGUUGGACGCGACAUUCGCCCUCUCGGCUGACGUGACGUUGCCAGGCGGCCUGGUAUUCCUGCCCUUUGACGCGCUGCUCAUUGCAGAAGGCGAGUGGAGCAACAGCUGCAACCGGCUGGGCAUCGACAAGGCCGUCAACGUCUUCUCCCAGGCCAUCGGACUGAUCAUCAAUAUGAACUACGACGCGAAGGACGCUGCAGAGAGACAGCUGCGGGAUCGCGUCGUGCGACCCAACGAUGACGGCGAGCACAAGAGGAUCGUUGACGAUCUAAAGAAGGCGGGCGUCGACUUUGAAUUCAUCGAGUACCUCAAGGGUGAGACGCACUACAUCGUCGUCACGAUCACCAAGGCGUCGCUGCUGGGUCUGGGCGCGCUCCAGGCCGACCUACCACGCGAGCGCCUGCUCGAGAGGAGCAACGUGGACGAGGAGAAGCUGCUCGGCGCGGCCCGCACCGUCGCCACUAUCUUUGGCCUCCCUGCCGAGAGCUCCUUUUGCGACUUCCACCCCGUGAAGCUCUUUGACUUUAGCUCGCGCGCCAAGGCGCUAUGCGGCUACAAGGUCCUCGGCGUCUGCACCGGCGGCUCUCAGCAGGGACAGGUUUCGAGUCUCGACAUCGAGGCGCACGAUGAGCUUGGAAUCGCAGAGGCGGCCUAUUUUGAGCGAGCCCUGCCGGAGCUGCGCGCGACCGCGAUGGAGCUGCAGGAGGCGACCGACGACGACGGCAGGAGUCGGCUCACCGAGCGCACGCGUCUGGCCAAGCUCGAGCGACUGCACCAGGCGCGUGCGGACAUUGCGGCGCUGGAGGAGGCCCAGCGCGCCUUCAAGGAGCGCGUGGAAAUCAAGAGAGGCCUCACCUCGCUGGUUCCCGUAUUUCCCGUGGGCGAUUCGCUGCUCGAGCCGUUCUGGCCGCAAGGGCUCGGCUCGAAUCGCGGGUUCCACUCCGCGCUCGAUGCUGCUUGGGCGGUGCACGUGCUGUCUGUGCAGGGUCUGCAGGCUUCGCUCCUCGAGCGGAAUUUUGCUUACGACCUGAUGAUGCAGAUGAACUGGUUUAGCAAGUAA